AAAAUAAGGGUUAGUGGGAGAGAGCACUAUCUAGCUCCACAAAGCACUCGACUACGCAUCGAAUCGUGUAAAUUACCUUAAUACACAAUCUGCCCAAAGGGCAAGUAUAUUUUUCGUAGUUUAGCUUGAGCAUCAUCUUAAGUUCACUUUUAGGUUACACAAUAGAUACUUUUGUUAAUUUUAAGGACCAAAUAUUUCCAAUACGUUUUACUUUAUUAAUAAUAACACACAAGAUAUCUAUCAUCGCACUUUAAAUUUUGCACAAAAUACAUGAGGCGUUAUCUUAGUUCUGACUGGUUAGCCCAAGAUCAUCAGUAUACUAUACUUUCACCAAUUCUGCUCAUUGAUGUGCAAUGUUAACCAAAUUAAAAAUUCAAAAGUCAGAAAAUACUAAUCUCAAGACCAAAUAAUUAGCUACUAGUAAACUUGAAGGGAUCCUGGUAAUUGUGAAAUUUUAUUACUUGCACUACAAACCGGCUUCAGUUAAGACAACCAGUAGGAUCUCUGAAUCACUGGAUAAUUUUUCCGUUCCAGUAAACCACUCGAGCAGUGGACAUCUACAAUCCCGCAGUGAAUCGAAUCUAGAACCUCCAGGUCUCACAGCGAUCUCUUAACCUUUAGAUAACCGUGAGUCGAUUAAUGUUAGUAACUGUCUUGUUCUUAAACUCAGUACCGUUUACCUAUAAACACUUUUUAAGUGACGUUCAAACCUAACAUGUUAUCUCUAAACCGAUUAAUAAAAAUUCCGCCACCUGGUGUCGACACCAAAACGUUCUGUUUGUAGUAACAUAAUUCCUGAAACUUUGUAAUAUGUUAAGAUUAUUGACUUUUGGAAACUGACUAACCAUAACAUGUUAGCCUGCAUUUCUUGAGUUCGUUCUUGUCAAGGUUCCAAAACUUGCAGUGUCCACUUAGUUGAAUGAUCAAUAACCUUGUGACGUGAAGAUAAUCAGAUCUUAAAAUGAAAUCAACCUGCUUUGUUAUUAAUUUCAUUGGCUAAACUGACAAUAAUAAAAUAUACUUUUUCAAUUGCCAUGUAUGUCCGAAACUUGUACUCCCUAUAUGUAUGGUUAUAAUCUAUCUAUCUGUAGUUGUUAUGACUUGUAAUGCUAAUCGCUAUCACGUGUUAAAUUCAUCAAUUAGAAUUCCGACUAUAAUUUCCCCUAUCUUGCUUCUACUAUUUCAUUCAUAACCUGGUAUCCUAGACUGUACCAAUAACACUUCUGAUCUAAACCAUUAACCGUGAGCCAACAAGCUAAGCUCCUAUGAGCCUAACAUGCUAAAGCUCUUCUCUAUGCCGCGCUUUGAGUUCAAAAAGUCAACAACCAGUUUAUUCAAUUAUGACCCAAGACUCGUACAAUAAUAUACUCGAAAUGACUGAUCACGUAGAACACCAAAUGCGAGACCAUACUUUAAACACAAUCAUACCACAAGUGGUGUUAAACACAGCAAAUAGCAGGUGGAAUCCAUAUUUAUAUUUAUUGCGAGAAGUUAAAAAGUAUUUACAUAAUGCCCAUACAAAGCUCCAAUUGUCCAUUUUCAUCUUUCGAUGUAUACUUCCAUCUGAACUGUCUUCGCGUCUUGUCUCCAAGUGUUCUGCCAACGCCGUGCUUUCGAUGCACUGAAACUCUUCACUCCGUUUGACAAUCGUAGCAACUUUGACGUCACUUCUCGCAACACACUACUUACAAGCAAUCUUGUGAGUAGCGUCCACUACAGUGGUAGACGGAGGAGUAAACAGUGCAUACUUAGUUAACAGUAACUAAGAGAUAAUAAAAUGUAUAGCGACAGUUAAUAGGUCUGCUCAAAGCUUACGAUAAGGGAAUAUAGAAAUGCAAAAAUACAGUUGUCUAGUGCUUCUGCACUAAAAAUAUGGGUAAUAAUAGUCCGAUAAGUAGUACCGAAAGUCCCAAUAUUCGUCCCAUUAUAACAGUUAAUAUCAUAUAAAUGUUGUCAGCUUUAAAACCGUCUCACAUCAGUAUCCACCAACCUUCUCCUCUCUGGUCCUGUCAUUCCCGAAUACUCGAAUUAACAUAUCGAAAGAUUUUAUUUUGAUUUGUAUUCAGUCAAAUGGUGACAUAUUACUCAUGUAAAAUUAAAUAAACGUAGGACAGCAGCUAAGACGUUCGACCUUCAGUCACUAAGUCUCCUGUUCGAACUACGUUCCACUUCGGUUUACGCAGCUGGCUAGUCUCACUAGCCUUCAUGUUUAAAGUUUGACUCGAAACCAAAUGUUAGAAUCUGCACCCGGCAGUGAGUUAAUGCUAAAAUAAAUUCUGUUCAUCCGUUAUUCAUCGUUGAUAUACUUUUGUAUUGUUGUUAAAGAAUUUUUCUUACAAUUUAAAUUUUCUAACCAUAUUACUUAAAUAAUAGACAAAACAAUUUUGGUACAUGAUUCCCACCGGUCUAAAAUGAAUAGACACAAAGAACUGUAUGCAAAACAAUUUCAGCAUAAAGAAAACAAAUGGAGAGAUCUACUACACAAACGUUUUAUGGAAUCAAUGAAAUUGAAACGUACACAUUUUAUCGAUCACCUUAGAAACAUAUACAAUUCAGAACCAGAUAGUUUAACCGAUCAACUACUUCAAGAGAAAAGAGAACUUUUAAAAAGUUUGGUCUCAGGUAGUGAAGUAUGUAGUGUAUUUAUCUAUUUGUAUUUAUAUUCCAUUAUAUAGUUAUCACGAUCUAUCAGUUAGCAAAGACGUGAAAAAAAUCUUACAGCAUUGUUAAUUUUAAAUUUCUCUUUUUUGUUAUCUACCAUCGAAUAUUAUGCAACUUAUAUACCAAAUAUAGAUGUAGAAUUUCUAUAGUUUACAUCAUCCAUAAGCCGUAACUAGAUAACCAUUAAGAAGUAUUUGACAGCUCACUAAGCAUUAUACCCAGGAAAUUGUAGAUCUCCUAAUGAACAUUUAAAAUUUAAACGACUGAAUAGGUACUCAUUGGUUUGCAUCCAUAACUUCAACCAAUUCCCGGUAUUACACACUCAUCUUUCUAUGUCAUUAUUGAAUAACUGCUUCACUACUCAUAUAACUGAACUCCGCCUAUCACGGAUUUUCUGACCAGAACUCCGAGGUUCGCUUCAAUCUGUGACAUAAACUUUGAGAACCGUUCAAUUUGUACGUGACAUCAUGUACGGCUUGUCAAUUGUUUGCAAUCACUAAUACACUGGUCUAAAGCUUAACUUUAUUAGUUGUUAGAGAAGCAUCUCGUUCAUAUCAUCAACAGUUGAUAAACAGUACAUAGUCAUGAUAUCUUGUUUGCAUCUUAUUUCUAUGAAGGUGACAGUUUUAUUGCACUAUCACUGAAUAUAUAUAUAUAUAUAUAUAUUCUCAAGUAAUGUCCAUCGACCGGGAAUAAUCUUAAUAUUAAGUUAGUCGUAGUAAAAAUAUUUUUGCUAACUAAUGGAAAAAAUAAUUAUUACUAUCGGUAUCAGAUUCUAUAUUUAACAGUCAUUUCUUUCUCUCUUUCCAUCUACCGUUGAAAAUCUCCCUUGCCUCCCCCCCCACUUACCAGGCGGAACAAUUAGAUCUGGAUAGUUUAAUCUUACUACAAGACAGAGUUCUAGAUGAAUUAUCUGUUGGUUAGUGGAACUGUUGCUUUUCAUUUAAUACUUCUUGUAUUUUUACCAUUUUUUUCCGUAUUUCCAAACUGCAUUUGAUUUGUAUUAUGUUUUCAUGAAUAUUAAUCCGAUUAUGAGAUAGAUGGUAGAGAUUGGUAGCUCUGAUGUGUUGUUUUAAUGCAGUUUCGUUCUCUGAACUUGGUAAUUUAAUUGUGAAGUUUUUAAUGUCCUUCUGAACAACAUCGUCAGCACAAAAUUCAGAAAGUUGUGUAAAAAGUGUGGUUGUUCUUUAAUGGAACCCUAAAUGACUAAAGUUUUUACUGAUGGUGUUGUAAAAUGAACAAUGAAAGUUCCACGAUUACACUAUGCAACUUAGAUAAUGAAACUUCAUCAAAAUCUGAUUAUUACAGGAUUGUCUUCUUGACUAUCUGAGCUACUUACAUAAUAUAAGCUUUAAUAUUUCAGGGAUUUACCUUAAUCCUAACAGUUUGAUUAUUUUACUCAAUCAUCUUAUUUGCAAGGGUUUGUACCUUCCCACUGUCAAUGUUAACGACUGUUAUUUAUUAAUCUAUUUUAGCAUACGUACGUCCCUAGUGAAUUGCCCCUAUAUCGCCAUCUAGUUAUGUUUUUUCUGAAGUUGAAUAGUAGCUAACAUCAGAAUUCAGGACGCACUUUUUAUUCAGUUGCACGAAUUAGAUGGUAUCAGGGCUCAGUGUUAUGUAGAGUUAUGUAUGUUUAUCUAGUUCUUAAUGCUGAUCGAAUUCUAUCAGUUAAGAUACAAUGCGCUAGUAACUAGUCUACAUGACUUGACAUCGUGUGUACUAUGCUGAAAUAGUAAAUGGUAGUCGGAAGUCGCUAGGAUACCUUGAACCUAGGUUUUUUGUUAAUCGACAUGUCAGUAGUGCAUACCUGCCGUCUUCAGAGAACUGAUGUGUUCUCUGUGAGAUUUGUAUUCGUGUCUCCCUGCUUCAUAGUUUGAGAUGUUUCAAAUAAGCUAUUUAGGCCUCCAGAUAGCCAUUUAAAAAUACUUUAGUUACAUAUAUCUUAAUUCUUAAUGAGUAAAUUACAACCUGCACUUUGGAGUUAAGUGCUAAUUCGUUUGAUUGUAUGUUAUCCGUGGAAUACAAUACUACAUUUUAUGACUGUCAUUUUAGAAAUUGAGGAAUAUUUCAACCCAGAAUUUUGGAAUAAUACAAAUAGUAAUAGUAAUGGUGCAAAUCAAUUUCAUUUGCUAAAUGAAUCUAACAGUGAAAAUGUUCUUUGUCCUUUAUGUCGAAUUGGCUAUUUAUCUAUGAAUAGUACAAUUCUCACUUGUUCUUCAUGCAGUUUAAAUCUAGAUACUCAAACUGAUAGUCUCAAUCUUACCACCAUAAAAAAUAGUUUAAUUGAUGCAGAAACAAAGCAUCAAGCUUCCAGUUGUUCCAAUACAUCACUACAUGCUUGGCUUAUUGAUCAAAAUACUAUUAAUUGUCAAUCACUUACACAAAAUGAUGACUCAAAUGUUAAUGACAUGCUUCACAAAUCAUCAGAAAUUGUCCAACUGUUAUGCGUUGGGUGCGACCAAUGUUCAUUCAUGGAAGUUGUUGUUUGAAACAAGUAGAUAAUUAAAGAAAUCGAACUUUUAUUCCCAUUAUUUAUUUAUAUGUUUGUUGAAUGCAAUUAACGACUGAAACUGAAUUACUUCGGACUGAUGAUGUUCUGUUCUUUCUUCCACGUUUUUUAUUAUUGUGGAUCAUCUUUGUAAUGACUGUUAUGGACACAUUUACAAGGUUGAUUCAUUUAUGAUGUGUGAAAAAAUAAGCUUUAUUCUUGAUAAUGAUGUUGUCAAGACUGUCGAUGAUACCUGUAUUCUACAAAAUGUUUACUUUGAAGUAAAUAAAAGGCGAAUCUGAAGAAAUCUUGCAGUGUUUUUUUUUGUUUAAAUCAACAGACAGAUAUUUGUCAUUGAUAUCGGAAGAUGGUCG